CCCAAGGACACCCUACACACGAACCUAUACCAGCUCGGACUGUUGGGCGACAAAUACCACAAACAAGACAAGAAAGCAAAGAAAAGUGUCGAGUUCAGUCCGGUCGUGGGCUCCAGCGAUAGUACUGCUCUCCCUACUACCAUUGUGACCUGUCUUGGAGCUCAGGCCGCUCAUGUCUUUCCUAGGACUCCGUCCCCAUUCGCGCAGUAGUCAUACGACGAAGCCCUUCACCUCGCAUAAUCAACGAUCCGACGCGACUCUUAGUUCACAGCCCCCUCCUCGCUCCGGCAGAGGCAUGGCAGGAGUAAUGGAUAUCGAGCGAACCCGGACGAGACGAGAGCGGACCUUCAUUGGGAGCGAAUGCUGUGUCUGUGAGGAGAACCUGGAGUACACAUUGCGGGGCGAACGGAUACUGCAACUCUCAUGUGGUCAUGUUUCCCACGAAGCGUGCUUCUAUGAGUACAUUCGCGAGUUCGAGUCGCAGCAUUGCCCCACGUGCGAUGCCACACUAGGCCUGGACACAAGCAGAGGUGGAAACGUUCUCGAUCUUGGUAGGCAGCCCUCCGAGACAGCGCUGGCUAGCCAUGCUGAUGUGCGCGCAGAGAAACUGUCGACCAUUGUGCGGUCAGUCCAAAACGAGCCGUCGCCAUCGCAAGCAGCUGAGAGUCACCGGAGCGCGGCCAACACGCCAACACCAUGGGACAACCAAACCGUGGCGUCAGAGCGACAGCACGACGACCACAUGACCACUGGUCGUUCUCGCAAUGGAAGCAACGCGUCGUCGGCGCGCUAUCCACCCACCACCCACACACGCCAACGAGACAGCAGCCACAGCCGUGAUCGUGGUUCCGAUAGGGGCGCGUCGCUAUCCAGGGCGCAUGGACGUAGUGAUUCUGGAGCGACGGGACUCGCUUCUUCCAACGACUAUGCCCCGACCCACGAUGGUCGGCGGCACGACUAUGACGUGCAAUCCAUGGAGACCAGCCUCAGCAGCCCACGUGGCCUACUCAAGAGCCCAAUUCCUGCGCCAAUAGUAACUGUCCGGAGUGAGUUUCCAACUCUUAGCAGAUCGCGGCAGCAACAAAGCCUGACGUGCCUGAUCACCGUCGAGGUGGUCGAGGGGAAAUGGCGUCCGAACCUGGAUGACAUGCCUCGUGCAUCGCCGCUACCUCCACUUGCAAGCGUUGCAGAGAGCGAUUACGAACGCAGCAAAUCGCCCGCCACGAGCAGGCCUACUGAACCUCAAUAUGAGCCGACUGAGGUGCUGGAUGAGAUAACUGAAGACCUCCAUGCCCGUGUCGACAAUUGGCACGGUCUUGACUUUUCGCGCUUCGGGAAGCUGCGACUACACGGUCACAUCCGCGUCGGCAAGGACCGACAGUCAUGGCAAGAGCUCGAGUGCUACCUCUUCUCCGAGAUGUUGAUCUGCGUAAAAGAGAAGAAGAUCGCGCCGCAACCACAAUGGGAUGGUGCAGCCCCGAUCAAGAAGACAAAGUGCACCCUCAAGGGUUCUAUCCUCAUCAAGAAGCACCUCAACCAGGUCGAGCACUCACCGGACAACUUCAUCCUAACCCUUAGCCUCUCUGUGGCGGAGCUGCCCGCUUUCCAUCUGCAGUUCCAGGAUCGUAGCCAAUUGGAGUUGUGGCGGCGCGCACUUAUGGACAUCCGCUUGGAUUUCCCCACCAGCAACCGCAUGGCAGAGUACGACCAGGACAACUCUGGAGCUGAGGAGGACGACUACCGUAGGCCUAAGCGGGUCUCAUCAAUCAACUCUUCCUACGGCGCCGCCAGGUCGACCAUGACAGCACCCACCGAAUACAGCGCCUCGCGUGGCGGUAUGACAGAGCCCCGUAUGUCUGCUUCAAUACACGUACCUGUUGACAUUGUCGUUGUCAUUCCAGUUUCGUCAUCGAUGCAGGGCUUGAAGAUCAACUUGCUCCGCGACACAUUACGUUUCUUAGUUUACAACCUGGGUGAGCGCGAUCGCAUGGGCCUUGUUACUUUCGGCUCCAGCGGUGGUGGUGUCCCCAUUGUUGGCAUGACUGGCAAGGCUUGGAGGGACUGGCCCAAAGUGCUUGACUCCAUACGUCCUGUAGGACAGAAGAGCCUGCGUGCCGACGUGGUCGAUGGAGCAAACGUAGCCAUGGACUUGCUCAUGCAGCGCAAGUCCAGUAACCCCCUCUCUAGCAUCUUGCUUAUCAGCGAUUCUUCCACUUCCGAUGCCGAGAGCGUUGAUUUUGUCAUCUCUCGCGCAGAGGCUGCCAAGGUUUCUAUUCAUUCGUUUGGUCUUGGGCUUACACAUAAACCGGACACCAUGAUUGAACUUUCUACGCGAACCAAGGCUUCGUAUACAUACGUGAAAGACUGGAUGAUGCUUCGCGAGUGUGCCGCGGGGUGCCUUGGUUCACUCCAAACUACCUCGCAUCAAAACGUAAAACUAAAAUUGCGACUACCAGAAGGCUCUCCUGCCAAGUUUGUUAAGAUUAGUGGUGCGCUACAGAUCACCAAACGAGCUACUGGACGUGACGCUGAAGCAGCACUGGGCGACUUGCGUUUUGGCGACAAGCGAGACAUCUUAGUCCAACUAGCCAUUGCACCGGAUACUGGCUCCCCAGAACAGCUUCCUCAGGACCCUUGGGAGUCGAUCGUGUCUGGUCUGGAGGCUCUCGGUGGGCCACUCGAUCAGGACGAGUCACGCACGCUCAGCGUCGAGGAAGUACCUCUGAUCCAGGCAGACCUCACGUACGGCGAUAUCCUAAGAGAAGGAUCUCUUUCACACCUGCCACGGCCAUCAUUACUGGCCAUUACUCUGCUACCUUCCGGGCCAAAGAAGAGCCCAACAGGAAGACCACCAACACCUCCUAUCCCACCACACCCUCAUGUUGUACAGCGACGCAUGGAGUUGCUCACAUCAGACAUGCUUACACGCGCAUUGACGCUUGUUUCGCGCGGCCAACACGAACGCGCACACCACCUCCUUAAGGAAACACGCAGUAUCCUGAAAGGACUUGGCAAGGGAGGUCUUCCACCACUACCUCCUCCUGGCCACCGACGUAACGAACCAUCAAGUGCAGCAGGCAGCACUGGGUCCGCGUCACCAACAACUCAUAGCGCUAGUGGUGAUUUACGUGCACGAACGCCCUCUCCCCACGCAGAUAGCCCGUUCACUCCUGCGGCAGGCAUUGACGUCAGGACUAUGUAUGCUCUUGACGCAGAACUUGAGUCCAGCCUCGAAUGGAUCAACCAUCCUGCGGUCUUCGGCAGAGAUUCGCGCAAAGCAGUACUACAAGCAAUAGGUGUCAUCUCAUCACAGCGCGCAUACACAUUCAGAUCGCCAUCCGAAUCGCUUUGGGCAGAGCGCAUUGCAGGCGUCAAGCGCCUGUCUGAGCGUGCGCGCGACUGGCGCGAAACCGGCGACCAGGAAGCAUUGAUGGAGGAGAACUAAUUUCGCACACGACCCUUCGAAGUCUUCGCAUUUGCUUGCAUAUACCCUGUAUCAUACCGCAUCCUUCUUUGGUAUUAUCUUUCCUUGCUUCUCUUCACGGCCACACUGUUCUUCGGCGAUUUCAUCACUAGGGCUACUUCUGGACUCUUCCCACUUUGGGCGGCUUCUUUCACUUUACAUAUCUUCUUGGGUUUAUGAUACCAAAACGGUCUACACUUUCUUGUGUUACGCGGAUUCCCCUUGGCUUGCAAAAGUAGGAACUGGGGCGUCGCCAUCAUCACAUCUAUGCUUUAGAGGAUACCACAGCUGCUUAGCGAUUGAUUAGCUACACCCACUUAGAUGCACGAAUAUCACAUCCUUGCCAU